AUGGCUGGGAAGCUACAUUCCAAACUCCUUCAAGCCCUCGACGUGAUGGGAUUCGAGUUCAUGACACCUGUCCAGCACCAUGUCUUGACCGAACUCCCUGACUGGCGCAGUGACUGCCUUGUGCAGGCCAAAACUGGGACUGGAAAGACCCUCGCCUUUCUGCUACCCUCAUUGCACUGCCUUCUCCAAGGCCAUUCGGCACCAAACGGCCAGGUCACCACCUUGAUCAUCACUCCCACGCGAGAGCUCGCCCAGCAAAUUGCGAAGUCGUGUGAUCAGCUCACAUCGCAACUUGAAACGCCUCUCGAAUGCCACAUUGCGGUUGGUGGAACGGCGCGCGCGUCUGCCCAUUCGCGCUUCAUGAAGGGGGCGCCGUCGAUUCUUGUAGCAACCCCCGGACGGCUAAAGGACUACCUAUCUGAAGAAGCCACGGCUGAGAAGUUGUCUAACAUCAAAACUUUGGUUUUGGACGAAGCCGACACGAUGCUGGAGACUGGCUUUCUAGCUGACGUGAAACGAAUACUCCAGCUCAUUCCUCCAAAGAGCGCUGGCUGGCAAGGAAUGUGCUUCUCAGCCACUGUUCCACCCAAAGUCAAAGAUGUGGUCAGUGUUGUGCUGAAGCCAGGUUAUACUACCAUAUCGACAAUUGAGAAGAAUGAAGCACCGACGCAUGAGAGAGUUCCCCAGUACCACGUGCUGAUGCCGUCCGUGGCAGACACCUUCACCACACUCACCUCCCUCCUCAAGCUCGAAAUCAAAAGCAACUCUAAAAUCAUUGUCUUCGGUAUUACUGCAAAUAUGGUUGCCCUUUUCGCCCGAGUAUUUUCCCAGAACUUAACUCCUUUGGCAGUGCUUGAGAUGCAUUCCAGGCUCAGCCAGAGUGCUCGCACAAAAACCACCGCUCAAUUCAAGGAGGCAGCGUCCGGGAUCAUGUUCGCUUCAGAUGUCAUCGGCCGUGGCAUGGAUUUCCCUAACGUCGACUUGGUCAUCCAGGUCGGUCUGCCAUCGAACGGCGAACAGUACGUUCAUCGUGUCGGCCGUACAGCACGCGCAGGCAACGACGGCCGCGCUAUCAUCCUCCUCACACAAACCGAAUCUUUUUUCUUGAAGAACAAUCGGCACCUGCCUAUCAAACCUCACCCUCAAACCGACGCUAUCAACGCGGACGCUUCGUCAUGCGCCGGCGCCGUCACCCAGGCCCUGUACAACGUUGAUGAGGAGGCAAAACAACGUGCGUACUCAUCUUUCUUAGGCUUCUUUGCCGGAUCGGGUCUUAUGAAGCAGCUGCGCCUCGACAAACCCGGUCUUGUUCAACUCGCAAAUGAGAUGGCCGUUAAAGGCAUGGCGUGCUCUGGGCCUCCACCAAUGGACAAGAAGGUUGUGGGCAAGAUGGGUCUGAAGGGCGUGCCUGGAUUCAAUUAUGGGAGCGGACAGGACCGGGGUGAGAGCAAACUUAAUAGACAACGCGUCCCUGGUAGGGGCAAUACUCGUGAUAUGCUAAGUCCUGGAGCCGGUCAAGGAGACCGUGGUGGGGUUGAAAAGAAGCGUGGAGGAAAUCGCGGUGGAGGGCGUGGAGGGCGUGGAGGACGUGGAGGACGUGGGGGAAAUCGGAGAGGCGCAUAA